GACAAUGCGUAAAUAGUGAUGAUGUAAGAGCACCGGUGUACAGCACAGCUGUGGCCCCCUUGUGGUAAAUUGGCAACAUGCAUUGCAACUGAAAUGCCAUUUGAAAAUUUCCUUCAAGAUCUGGUGUGCUGACAAUGCGUUACCCGGGGUCAAUUUGUUCACGCUACACAUGAAGAGGCGUCACCAGGUGAACUGUUUUUCUCAAGUUCUAUAAAAGUGAGCUGGCCAGUAUAAGCAACAGUCUUUAUGGAUCUAUCACAAAGGUGAUUGCAGAGGACAUUUUUAACACGUGGACUGGAAAGUUUACUUGAUCUAGGUUCACAAAAAAACAUAAAUUAUUUAUUAAAAAUGGCAAACAAAGGUCUCGUAUGCCUGCUGCUAAUCUCAUCACUUACAGUCUGCCAAUCGGAUCAAUCUAACAGCAGAUUCUGGGAUUAUUUUAGCCAUUUUAUGAAUGGAAAGAUUGGAUGGAAUCUCCAAGAAAACUCAGUCAGAGAGGACAGCGGGAUUAAAAGCAGCCUUCAUAAUGGGGUCAGCUACGUGGGUAAGUUAUUUGGGCCUCUGCAGACAAAUUUCCAGAAGCAAGUGUACGAGGAUUCUGAUGGACUACGUAGACUUAUACGCAGGGAGCUUCAGGAGGUCCAAAGGAAAAUCUAUCCCUAUAUGGAUGAAGCCCACCAAAAGAUAAGCAAGAAUCUUGAAAAGUUACAAAACCGCUUGUCACCUUACAGUGAGGAACUCAAAUAUCAGGUGAGGAAGGGAGCACAACAGCUCAAAACGCAGCUUGGCCUGUACAAAGAUGACUUUAGUAAAGGGGCGACACAGAACGUUGCAGAAAACAUUAAAGACCAAAUCUUUCUACACACAAUGAAAGUGAGACAAACUUUGCAUCCCCUGAGAGAGAAACUUUUGGCAGAGAUUCAUUAUGCAGCUGAGGAGCUUCAUGGGAACCUGUCGCCCCAUGCCCUGACUUCUCAGGAAAAAUUGACCCUGCAUGUACAAGAAUUAUCGAAUAAACUAUCACAAAAUGCAAAAGAGCUACAUAAGAAAAUCCACAAAAAUCUAGAUGACUUAAAGGACCACCUGGUGUCCUAUCCCCAGAAAAUAAGAGAACGGUUUCCUGAGACUCAAGCAGCUGAGCCUGUAGGCCCUUAUGUGGAAGAAGUGGCAGCUCAGGUGCAGAGAGAAGUGGAGGAAUUCAACAGGAAUACUCAGAUGCAGAUUGAACAUUUUACCUGGACUAUUAAUAUGGAAAUGGAGGAGUUGAACUAUAGACUAUCUCCUGCUUCUUCCAAUUUACAGGACACUGUCUCUUCAAUACAAGAAGUACAAGAGAAAUUGGAAUCUUUAUGGAAGGAUAUAUCCCAAAACCUGUAAUAGAGGUCAUUUUGCAUUAGGUGGGACGGACUGCAAUAAGUUAAUUAUACGGUGGAUUUAUACUGUUAAAGUGGAACCCCAGCUAAACAACUAAAUACACUGCUAGAAAACUUUACGUGCCAAAUGAAUUGUAUUUCAGUAUAUAACUCUUCUGAUUUAUAAACCAAUAGCACACACCGGGGUUGAUUUAUUAAAGGCAAAGAGGCAGUUCACUUUGCAAGGGAGCUUUUUUUUUCCUUGCACGUGGUUAGAUUUUAUUUUUUUUGCAAAUGAGUUUUCACCACAGUCACUAGGCUAAGGAAAAAUUCUGCUGAAGAAAUUUUUUUUUGCAAAGCGAAUAGCCUAUUUGCCUUUACUAAAUAAACCCGUAUGUGUCUAAGCAGGUGACACAAUAUUUCCUGCAGCUUACGUAUCACCACUGAAUUUGUUUCUAACUAGUGUUGAUUUACUGUCCAGCAAGCAGGUAUCUAAAACAGGAAAAAGGAAAUAAAGGGUGUCACUUGCCUUUGGUAUGCAAUAUGACAGUGAUGUGCAAAUCAUAAGACUGGCUGCACAGAAUUACAUCAUUACAUCGUUGGAAAGGUUAAAUAAAGACAUCAGUCCAUUCAGUCCUACCUGUGUGGGUGUGGGUUAGUAUGUGUGCUUGAGUGAAUACCAUUUCCCAUAUCCCUGUAUAUUACUUAUCCUUUGGCAAGCAAAACAGUCAAUCUGCUUUUUGCCUGGAGUUCCCCAUUAAAUAAAAGCACUUAC